CUGAGUAGGAUGAUGUAUGACAGAUGAUGUUGUGAAAAUCGUAGAAAAAGAUGUUUCUCAUGUAAUUAUUGAAUUGUGUUGAAGUGAAAGUCGCAUUAAACGCAAGAAAAAUAUUCCUAAUAAAAUCUUAUUUUGAAUUGAUUUAUCAGUAAUGAUCUAAUAAAGGAGCAAGGAAUAAACUCCACCCAAGAUGGCUGAGGUGGAUCCUGAGACCUUGCUGGAGUGGCUGUUGACAGGGCAGGGUGAUGAGCGUGAUAUGCAGCUUAUUGCUUUGGAGCAGCUUUGUAUGCUCUUGCUCAUGUCAGAUAAUGUUGACCGGUGCUUUGAAAGCUGCCCUCCACGAACAUUCUUACCGGCUUUGUGUAAAAUAUUUCUUGAUGAAUAUGCACCAGAUAAUGUAUUAGAAGUGACAGCUAGAGCAAUCACCUACUAUUUGGAUGUAUCAGCUGAAUGUACCAGAAGAAUUGUAGCUAUUGAAGGAGCAGUAAAAGCUAUCUGCAGCAGACUUUUGACUGUGGAUCCUAACAAUAGGACUAGCAAAGACCUUGCUGAACAAUGCAUUAAGGUUUUGGAAUUAGUAUGUACCCGAGAACCCGGUGCUGUGUGGGAAGGUGGUGGAUUACCAGCUGUCCUACAUUUUAUUACUCAUCAUGGAACUGCUGUGCACAAAGACACUUUGCAUUCAGCUAUGGCUGUUGUUUCCAGAGUCUGCGGUAAGAUGGAACCCGGUGAUGCCCGUGUGGGCGAUGCAGUGAGUUCCCUGUCCUCCCUACUACGUCACAGCGAUACACGUGUCGCCGAUGCGGCCUUACGAUGUUUUGCGUCACUUGCGGACCGAUUUGCAAGAGCUCACGCCGACCCUGCACCGCUAGCCGAACAUGGCUUGAUUGAAGAGUUGGUACAUCGUCUGGGCAGUACCGAGAAUAGCGACGACAAAUGUUCAGUGCCAUCUGUAUCUACCACAGUCAGUCUUCUAACUACGCUGUGUCGCGGCUCUGAACAAAUCACACAUGAUUUAGUUCGCCUGGACCUUUGUUCGGCUAUAGAAGCAGCUGUUCAGUCAGAUGAACGCUGGAGUUUGGAGUGUAUGCGUUUGGUUGAUUUAUUACUCGUACUGCUGUGCGAAGGGCGUCAAGCUAUACAAACUGGGUUAAACCGCAACAGUUCAACUGCCGCAAGCAGUAGUUCCUCGGUAGUGGGGUCCUCAAAUGUGUCUGCAAGUGGUGAGGGUGUGAGGGACAAGUCUCACCGGCAGCUGAUCGAUUGUAUAAGAGGAAAGGACACCGAUGCACUCAUGUCAGCUGUCAAUACUGGCGCGGUGGAUGUAAAUUUUACCGAUGACGUGGGACAGACUCUUCUUAACUGGGCGGCAGCGUUCGGGACCAGGGAGAUGGUUGAGUUUCUGUGUGAAAAAGGGGCGGACGUAAACCGUGGCCAGCGAAGCUCUUCUCUCCACUACGCAGCAUGCUUUGGUCGACCUGCAAUUGCCAAAGUCCUCCUUCGGUAUGGAGCCAACGCCGACCUUAGAGACGAAGAUGGAAAAACGCCACUCGACAAAGCGAGGGAAAGGCACGAUCAAGGUAAACGGACCGGUCACCGUGAAGUGGCAGCCAUUUUGCAAUGCCCCGGAGAAUGGCUUGUUGUUAGCAAUCAAGAUUCGCCGGCUUCAUCCAACGAUGAUGAUUUCCCUGACACCGGUGAUAAGGAAAUGGCUGCAAUUUAUUUAGAUCGUCUAGUACCAGUGUUCUGUUUGCGGUACAUAGCAGCGGGCGGCGUAGGCGUAAAACGUGCAUGUUUAUCGCUCGUACGCAAAAUGGUGCACUACGCACCCUCGCAACGUCUACGUACGCUGUCCACCCCCCGAACUGCGUCGCUUCUGACGAGGCUUAUAGCAAGAGUCCUCGAUACACAGGAUGAUGAUGACGGACAUUUAACCGUGCUCGGUAUAGCAGAAGAACUGAUGGUCAAAGCGGCCGAUAUCUACUUGGAGCAAUUCGCAAGAUUAGGCGUGUUCAGCAAAGUGGACGCGUUGGCUUCUGCCUAUCCACCGCCAGCCACUGAGAACAAUGCUGCUGUGAUAGCUGCAGGACCGUCAAGCGAACAACCCGGCGAAGACGCAUCCAGCCUCACAAAUGGUACGGCCUACUCUUGGGGCGAAUGGUCGUUGUGCCGCGGACGUGACGCCCUCUACGUGUGGAGUGACGCGGCCGCCCUCGAGCUGAGUACGGGCUCUAACGGCUGGUUCCGUUUCCUGUUAGAUGGGAAAUUGGCUACCAUGUACUCUAGCGGCAGUCCCGAACAUCAGACUGAUAAUACUGAAAAUCGUGGCGAAUUUAUAGACAAACUUCAGAGGGCGCGUGCGUCAGUGAAAAAUUCGGUGCCCCAACCAAUUCUAUCUAAGCCAACCAAUACAAAACUUAUACUUGGAAACUGGGUACUGUCUUGUAAAAAGGAGAAAGAACUUCACAUACAUAAUACUGAUGGGCAGCAGCAGACAACUAUAUUGAAGGAAGAUUUACCUGGUUUUAUUUUUGAGUCAAACAGAGGGACAAAGCACUCGUUCACUGCCGAAACAUUUCUUGGUCCCGACCUAGCAAGUGGGUGGACUGAUCGUCGGCCGGCUGUGACAAGCAACGGUAAUGCGACUCAAGGCCGUAGCCGACUCUCCGCUAAGACUGAGGCACAGAAGGCUCAGGUCGGCGAGCGAGCACGUGCGUUGUACUCCCGUCACUUAGCGAGCGCCGCGUGCAGACAACCACGUGCGCCCGUCGCGAGACUACGGGCCUUACUGGCAAUGCUUUAUAAAAUCUCCACGGAUGCCUCUGGUGAUUGGAAAAAAGAGUUGCAAGAAACACUAAACCAUCUGACAGAGUUGUUAUCUGGUGAGGAGCUGCUGUCAGCUUACGAAUUGGAAUCUUCAGGCUUGGCUCCUGCACUUUUGCAGGUUCUUUCGCCACAAGCCAGUGAUGUACCAAAUCAGCUAUCUGAGCGCGAGCGCAUUCUUCGCGAGUGGUUAAUGGAGGGAGACACUGGCGCCACGGUCGCGUCGCGGCUUGUCGCGGUGCUAGAGAGUGUGGAACGACUUCCGGUACUUGCGCCUGUACUGGAUGCACCAACAACACACCCUUCUGCUUUACAUCAUCUAACUAAGCGUAUUAGGCUUCGUGUGGAACGUGCAAAUGACGAUACCAGCGAAGACACAACGUCGAACAACGGCAACCGUAAUCUUAGAGUCGAGGCCUUAACGACUAUUAGACAAUUGGAGCGUUUCCUCGCUAAAUCUGUCGCGCGUCAAUGGUACGAUAUGGAGCGAUCUACAUACAACUUUGUUCAGAGAAUAAAGUCGGAAGCACCAAUUAACUUCACGUAUGACCACGAUUUCGAUGAUAACGGCAUAAUUUACUUCAUCGGAAGCAAUGGUGGUACUUGCGAAUGGGUAAAUCCAGGCGCACACGCGCUUGUCAGCGUUUGGUCAUCGGAUGGCCGACAAUUACCUUAUGGGAGAGCUGAAGAUGUCCUCUCGAGAUCACCAGAACCGUUGAAUGUCCAUACAAAUGAUGAUAGACGUGCUUUCAUAGCUUUAGACCUCGGCCUCAAUGUGAUCCCCACUGCGUAUACGUUGCGACACGCGCGCGGGUACGGGCGAUCUGCGCUAAGGAACUGGUUGUUCCAGAUGUCAGUGGAUGGUGUGACGUGGACUACUUUGGUGACUCACACAGACGAACAGGCCUUGCAAGAGCCUGGUAGUACGGCAACGUGGCGCGUGCGAUGUGAUAUACCGUACAGAUAUCUUCGCAUACAACAAAAUGGGAAGAAUUCUUCGGGACAGAGUCACUAUCUAUCGCUGUCCGGACUCGAGGUCUACGGAAAGGUGAUAAGCGUUAUCGACUCAGUACCUCGUCAAGUAGGCGGUCCCACGAGCGUAGCAGUGACGUCAGCUAGCACGGGGAGCGGAAGUCGUACGCGUCGAAUGUCUCGAAAUGCACGUGGCGUGUGCGUAGGCGCAAGAGUCGCUAGAGGGCCCGAUUGGAAGUGGAGGGAUCAAGAUGGCGCUCAACCAGCUAUGGGCACUGUCACAUCUGACCUUCACAACGGAUGGGUUGAUGUUAGGUGGGACCAUGGUGGCCGUAACUCGUAUCGUAUGGGUGCGGACGGAAAGUUCGACUUAAAGUUAGUGGGAGGCUACGAACAUAAUACAAACGCACGCUCGCGAAAGAGUCACUCAACACCAAGUUUACCGGAUGCUACUAAUAAUGAUAACCAGGUUUCUGUUGCGUCUACGGAGCAAGCAUCGUCGGCUGAUAACAUAUCAGGAGAGGAGAUGGCCAGUAAUAUGACACGACCGCGUAUGCACGCUACGGAUCUCUCGGCUAUCAAUAACUCCACGCACCAUAUUAAUACUGAUCUCGCCACAAUCGUGGAAUCGCUAACUCUGGGUGCGGAAGGUAACAACUGUAUGGCAGAUUUAGCGAACACUUCUCUAACGAAUAUGGAAAUGGGGCCUACUAGUAUUACUGAUAUAACCAAACCAUACCCAGCCAAAGAACCGGUACCGGAAUCUAACAGUCAGGAGGAGGAGCGUCGCCGACGCAGUUCCGGUGAGGCUCAGCGGAAUAGCGCCAACGCCUUGCUUUCGAGCGAGUUGCUGGCCUUACCCGCCACCCUGUUGCACACGCUGCGUAAUAAUGCUAACAGACUGCACAUACAGUGUGAAGAAAACGAGAACAGCGAUGGCCAAUAUGUGGAGCACAAAAAUGAUGGACAAGGAAGCGGCACAAUGAGUGCUAGUGAGCCAGAUUUGACACAACAGGGUGCCGCUCGUUUAUUGGAAUCCUUGGGUGUUGGACGAAUGUCAAGUGCGUCCAGAAACAAUUCCAACCAACAGAGGUCGAACCGUAACAACCCCAGUAGCUUAUUCCCUAGUUUGGUACGUCUAGCGCUGUCCAGUAAUUUCCCCGGCGGCCUACUUUCGGCCGCACAAAGCUACCCAUCCCUUGCGCCGAACGCACAGAAUGCGCUUACCUUAUCACUCACUUCAACAUCCAGCGAGAGUGAACAGGUGUCUCUUGAGGAUUUCUUGGAGUCCUGUCGUGCGCCUGCCUUACUGACAGAAUUGGAAGACGAUGAUGAUGGGGAUGAUGCUCUCGAUAGCGACAAAGAAAACGAAACCACUUACCAAGACUUACCUAGAGUUACUUGCUUGCAGGUAUCCCGUAAUCUUUUAUCUCUAAUGGAGGAGGAAGCCCUAGAAGCUGUACAGCGUGGUUCGAAUCCUGUGUGGCGCGCACGCAAGCCCUGGGAUGACGACUUCGUGCUCAAGCGACAGUUCUCAGCGCUCAUACCCGCUUUUGAUCCGAGACCUGGAAGGACGAACCUCAACCAGACUGUCGAUCUCGAUAUACCCUUAAAUGAAGACUCGGAUGCGGAAGAGCCGUCGGAGCCUUCAGCAAACAGAAGUGACGCAACACUCACGGAAAAUUUGAAUAACCCUGCAACGCGUCUGCCAUCGCUUAAAUUAACACUAACGUCUGGCGGUGUGUCGCUGCCCUUAGAUAACCCGUCUUGGACACUCUAUCGGGCAGUUUUGGCACUUAACGCUAAGCUGCCCGCACACGAUACGCAUAGAGAUACAACGUAUACCUUAACGUACAAGGAGGUGGAUAAUGCGGACACGUUGACGCCUUCGAACGAUACUGAGGAAGACGAACCAGCCGAUCCGGUUGAGCGCGGUGUGAUCGGUUGUUGUGUGGAAGCAGAACGUGGCGCCAUGAUCUCGUGCUGUGUGCGCGUCCUUCGGCGCCUUCAAGCAGUCGUGCCUUCCUUACCGCCACAUGCAUUGCUCUCAGCCAAGUUGACCACAAAGUUGCACCAUCAGUUGCAAGAGCCUCUCACUCUUGCUGCUGCAGCUGCACCUAGAUGGUGCCAACAAUUGAACGACUGGUGUCCGUUCCUGUUCCCACUGGAGACUAGGCAGAUGUUCUUCGCUUGUACAGCAUUUGGUACAUCAAGAACGAUAGUCUGGCUACAGGCACAGCGCGAUCGGGCUUUGGAUAGGCAGAGGGCCGGUAACACUGUGUCGCCCCGUCGUGCGGAUCUAGAAGCGUCAGAGUUCCGAAUGGGUCGAUUAAGACACGAGCGUGUAAGAAUACCACGGGAUACUCAUUUGCUGCGAUCUGCUAUGCAGGUGAUGCGCGUCCACGCAGGGCGGAAAUCGGUCCUAGAAGUGGAAUUCGAGGGCGAAGAAGGCACCGGUUUGGGUCCUACCCUCGAGUUCUACGCACUCGUAGCAGCUGAACUGCAACGCACUGAUCUCAAUAUGUGGCUAAAUGAUGCGCAUACGCACGAAAAUAACGCGCCACAUAUCACUGUGCCUGAGGUAGAAAAACCGAUCGGAUACUACGUGUCCCGCGCCGGGGGCCUAUUCCCAGCGCCGUUGCCGCAACAAUCAACAAUCUGUGAUAUAGUUUGCAAAUAUUUCUGGUUCCUAGGAGUAUUUUUAGCUAAGGUUUUACAAGAUGGGCGUCUAGUCGAUUUACCAUUAUCGGAGCCUUUCUUGCGAAUAAUGUGCGGAGAAGAACUCACUGCUGAACAUUUGGAGGAAGUUGAUCCCAUUAGACAUAGGUUCCUAACUAGCGUAAUAGAAACUGCUCGCGAAUACGACGCGAUAAAACAAGAUGAUUCAAUAAAUGAGGCUGAAAAGGAUAGAAAAUCUAACGCGUUGUUGGUAGAGGGCGCCACCUUCGAGGAGCUUUCACUGACCAUGACACACGUGGCUUCCAACAGCGAUCCAUCUAUUUCAAUUCAGCCGCUAUGCGAUGGCGGAGAACAUAUCGAGGUGGGUCCCCACAACGCCCGUGAAUACGCAACGUUAAGCGCUCGUUGGAUGGUCAACGACGGCGUACAGCGUCAAAUAUCUGAGUUCCGACGUGGUUUUGGCGCUGUUUUUCCGCCGAGACGUCUACGCGCGUUCUCACCACCCGAAUUGCGCUUACUGGUCUGCGGCGAACGCGGGCCCGUGUGGACCAGGGACCAUCUCCUUCAGUACACGGAGCCUAAGCUGGGAUACACGCGUGAUAGUCCGGGUUUCCUACGGCUAGUAGAAGUGCUGGUAGAAAUGUCUCAACGCGAGCGCAAGGCCUUCCUUCAGUUCGCAACCGGUUGCAGCAGUCUGCCGCCCGGUGGAUUGGCUAAUCUUCAUCCUAGACUGACAGUUGUUCGCAAGGUGGAUGCUGGCGAUGGAUCUUACCCGUCGGUUAAUACUUGCGUACAUUAUCUGAAACUGCCAGAAUAUUCCUGCAAAGAGGUUCUUCGUGAGAGAUUACUCGCAGCGACCAAUGAACGAGGAUUCUACCUGAAUUAAUGUCAUAUUAGACAUUUGAAUACUUCGGAUACUAAUUUCUUUUCAUUAAGCGUGCUUAGAUUCCGUACUUAAUGGCAUGUAAACGAAUAACAAUAAUGUAAUGGUCUUAAGUUGGCACCUAUUGAUCGUUUUUGUAAAGUCAUCUGUGGCCACUAACUCUGAAAAAAGUUUCUAGUGCCGGGAGUCGAAGCCAGGUCCUGCGAUACACAUACGUUUACCGCUAACGAAAGCCGUGUCAUCUCUUCAAGUGGUCGGCCUUAAUACGUUCCUUAAAAACUCUGAUCGUCAAAGAUUUUUUUUUAUUAUUCUGUGCAAUACAGAUACCAUGUUUGUUACCAUGGUUACGAUGUUUCGUUUAUAAACGGUAACCAUGGCAACAAGCGUAGUAUUCUAAAAUUAAAAAUAUUCAAACAUCCUACGUCACGCUAUUUCAUUGUAAUACGUACGUUCAUUGGCGUAGUGAUUUUGAAACCACCCAAAUUUGACUUAAAGUUAAUUAUUUUUAGACAAGGCUCCAGAAUUACUAGAAUAUUGUCAUUUGUUGGAUAUUAAUCUACCAAUAAAUCUUUUUCAGAUGUAGAUAAAGAUUUGUAUACAUAACAAUUAUAUCAUGUUAGUAUAAUUCCUCAGUUAUAUGCAGGUUAAUGACAAGCAAUAUCUUUUGUAUGGGUACUUUUUAUGGAGUUCACUAAGCCACUGGCAAACUGUAAAAUUCGAAUUGAACAUACUUAACGUACAAAAUUAUGUAAAUUGUAAAAUGCUAUUGUUUCAUUUAAUAGAGUGCAACAUAGUUAAAAUAGUCAUAGUAAUAAAAAUGCUUGCGUUUCGCUUGCAUAAUAAUAUAAAAGAUUUCAACUUCAGUAAGAACAUUGUUGUUGCCUUAAGUGUGUAUUUUUCUAAAUAAUUGUCUCGAGGCUAUAUUAUAUAAGUCUCUGUUUAACGAUUUGCAUUCAUAACAUAGAUUUAAGCAUUUUUAUCGGAGAUGAAUUCUACAUUUCUAACUAAAAUCUUUAUCAAAAAAUCUUAUGUAUUAUUCAUACUUUGAAGCAAAAUUAUUGAAAGAUUGCAAGUGAAGAGUGUCUAAAAAAUAUAUUAAGCGAAUCCAAAAUUCUUAUGUCAUUGAGCGAAGAUCUGCAUCAGUUUUAAGUUCAUCUGCUCGGGAUCCCAAUUUGAUUUCUAGCGGGCUGAGGCGGUAUUUUCAUCGAAAUUUCUACUUCAAUACGAGGACUGACAAGCAUUAGCUUAAAAUUGCGAUUUCAAAAGUGUUUAACACAGUAUAAUCUUUAAGUUAAUUGAUUUUUUUUUCAACUGAAAGUUGUUCUUGUGAUUAUAAAUAUUAUAAAAAAAUAUAUUUAGUUUUAAAAUUACGUUAAGUUUACGGUAUUAAUGAGAACUUAGGAUUUUGUAGAAUGAACUCUGCUAUUUGUUGUUGAAUAAAUUAAGU